CAAACUCACUGUCUAUAUAUAGUUAUGUACUCACUGUCUCUGCUACAAACCAAAAGCCCCACUGCCUCUUCUUGUACAAUGGAGUUCUGGACAAUUCCGAGAACAACUCAGGUAACUGAGGUUGUAGUAGUGCUGACUCUCCUAGUUUUACUUAGCACAAAUGUUGUUGAAAGUCGAAAAGCUCGGGCUAAUGACUACUUUCACUACUCAGCUAUAAGUUGUAGAACUCAUAGUGCUUCAUUGACAGACUUUGGAGGAGUUGGUGAUGGAACUACAUCAAACACCAAGGCCUUUCAGGCAGCUAUCAAUCAGUUAAGCCAGUAUGCAUCUGAUGGUGGGUCACAACUCUUUGUUCCAGCAGGAAAAUGGUUAACUGGAAGCUUCAAUCUCACUAGCCAUUUCACACUCUUUCUCCAUAAAGAUGCAGUUCUUCUUGCUUCUCAGGAGGAGAGUGAAUGGGCUGUAAUUGAUCCACUGCCAUCCUAUGGUCGAGGAAGGGAUACCGAUGGUGGAAGGUUCAUUAGUCUUAUUUUUGGAACCAACCUCACUGAUGUUGUAAUAACAGGGGACAAUGGCACUAUUGAUGGUCAAGGUGCUCUCUGGUGGGAAAAAUUCCACAAAAAAAAGCUGAAGUACACCCGUCCUUACCUGAUUGAAAUAAUGUACUCUGAUAAAGUUCAAAUAUCCAAUCUCACUUUGCUCAAUUCUCCAUCAUGGAACGUCCAUCCUGUUUACAGCAGCAAUGUCCUUGUUCAAGGCAUUACAAUUCUUGCACCAGUGAAUUCUCCAAAUACUGAUGGGAUCAACCCAGACUCUUGCACAAAUACCAGGAUUGAGGACUGUUACAUUGUGUCUGGGGAUGAUUGUGUAGCUGUUAAGAGUGGUUGGGAUGAGUAUGGUAUUGCUUAUGGAAUGCCUACCAAGCAACUGGUAAUCAGACGGCUUACAUGCAUUUCUCCAACCAGUGCAGUGAUUGCAUUGGGCAGUGAAAUGUCUGGUGGGAUCCAAGAUGUAAGGGCUGAAGACAUUGUAGCCAUCAAUUCAGAAUCAGGAGUGAGGAUCAAAACUGCAGUAGGAAGAGGAGGUUUUGUAAAAGACAUAUAUGUCAGAGGGAUGACCAUGAACACCAUGAAAUGGGCCUUUUGGAUGACAGGGAAUUAUGGCUCUCAUGCGGAUAACAACUAUGAUCCUAAUGCACUUCCUGUAAUCCAGAAUGUUAAUUAUCGUGAUGUGAUUGCCGAGAAUGUAACAAUGGCAGCAAGAUUGGAGGGAAUUUCCGGUGCUCCAUUUACGGGAAUUUGCAUGUCUAAUGUCACAAUUAAACUGGCUAAGAAGGCAAAGAAAGUUCUAUGGAACUGUACUGAUAUUGCUGGGAUUUCAAGUGCUGUGGUUCCUCAGCCAUGUGAUUUGUUGCCAGACCAAGGAGUAGGGAAGAUAACAUCAUGUGAUUUCCCAGAAGAGAGCCUGCCAAUCGAUAAUGUUCAACUUCAGAUGUGUGGUUACCAGAGGAAGUAUUUUUGAGUCUACUGCACUGAACUAAAGCUUCUAUAUAUCGGAACUUAUUUUCUGUUUGUAAUGAUUGUUGUACUGGUAAAACACACAUUUUCUGGAAGGAGAAAACCUGUCACACACAUUUUUUUGAAUUGAACUUGUGAGUUGAAGACACAAUUUCAGUUUUGAAAUCAUGUCUUCAACUCAUGAUUUCAAUUCAAAGAAUAGGUGUGUAACAAUAUGUGUAUAAUAAGAUGUGUGUAACAAACACUACCCUUUUUUGGAAAUGCUCAUAACAUUUAUAAAUUAAAAUAAUAGUAUCAUGGAUUAUGUCA